UUAAUUUAAAGUGUUUUAUAAUCUACUUGUAUAAUAAUCAAUCAUGUAUAUAAGUCCUAGCAAGGUGCGUGAAUUGUGAUAAGAGAAUUUCUGGUUGAGUAAAAACUGCAUUGCAAUAAUUCAAUCAAGGGAAAGUGUAAUAAUUAUUAUCAUUGCAUUUUAUAAACCAGAGUCUUUGAUGCCAAGCUAUCAAGCUCACUAUUUUUAGUAAAGUUUGAUACUAAAAUAUUAUAUUGUGUACUGUAUGAACAUUUUGUAAAUAAUUUUGUUAUGUAUACAUAAUAAUUUUUAUAAGGAAAAAUACAAUAAAAAAAUUCGUAUACACAAAUUUUGUGUUAUUGUUCACGUGCAUUCAACUUAUAACUUUUAUCCAACAAUUCUAUAUAUUGAGUAGGAAAUGACAAUAUACAUAUAGUAAAGCGGAAAAGCAGAUGACGCAUACAUAUUACGCUUCUGUGGUUUAUUAUUAGCAUUGGCAUGCCAAGGCAUUACAUAAAAACAUGAGACUUGGCAUGCUCCAAGACAUCUGUUUUCAGUCUCUAGGUCAUGGAGCAGACAACUACUAGAGGCCAAUGUCAGCCCAUUGCUACCUACAAUGUUAACUUGCUUUGGCAAAAAUUUAGUUGUUUUUUAUCAAAUAAAAAAAUUCUCUUGUUAAAUACAAAAACAAACAUUCUUUCAAUCAAAUAACUUUUUUCAAAAAUAAAAAUGAACCAUUAUUUUAAAUCGGCAACCAAGAAAUAUCUAACAAUCCUUCCCAGAAUCAAAACUCGUAAAACUCAAUGAAAACUGCAAACCGACACUCGACAGAGUAAUAGACCAAAUAAUAGAAGACCUCCGCACAUCGGCGCCGAGAGCAGCUAGUUCGCGCAUAUAUAGAUCGCUACAGCAGUUAUAGACGAACUCGAGAGAAAGAGGGAGAGGGAAAAUUCGUCGCGUCGCGCAUAUGAUCGAAAGUGGGGGAAACGGGAAAAGAACGACCGCACGCGCGGAUCAGCAGAUCGACGUCAGCCAGUCAACACCACCGCGUGGCUGGGCGCCUUCCUCUCGCUGUCCUUUUCUUUCUUUCUUUCCAAUUUAGUCCCAACGACUCCCAGCCAUGACUUCCGCCGUCUACAGGAACUCCAUGCAGGCCAUCGGCAAACUCGUCCCGGAGAAGCUUCAGCCUCUGUGGAAACAUCCAGCAGGUCCGCAGACUAUUUUCUUUUGGGCUCCGGCAUUCAAAUGGGGUCUUGUGUUAGCAGGAUUGGGAGAUCUGCAAAGGCCAGCAGACAAAAUUUCCAUUAGUCAGUCAUCUGCUCUUGGUCUGACUGGUGCUAUAUGGACAAGGUACUCCUUGGCCAUUACUCCAAAAAAUUGGAGUCUUUUCAGUGUCAACCUUUUCGUAGCAUUCACAGCCAUAUAUCAAGUGGCUAGAGCUAUCAAAUAUCAAUCUGAGCAAAAUAAACAAGCAGUACCCAAUUAAGAAUUCAAAGAUGAAACUAGAACAUUCCUGUGUUUGAAAGGCACACACUCUACUGUUGUUAGCAAUACUUCACAUCUUUUCUUGCCAAAUGAUAAAAAUCAUGGUCAAGUAGAAAUUAAAUACAUUCAGAUCUCAAGUCUGUAUAAAGAUGGAAGUAUUGGUGCUGGAUAAGUUUAUUGCAUAUUGGAAAUAUAUAUAUUCUAUUACUGUUGCCAUUUGAAGUUUGGCUGAUCUAUGGAAUAACUGUGAGCACAAUCUGUGCAUAAAUUUGAAGGAAAAAGAUCUAUAUAUCUAGUAAAUAUUGUGACCAAUGUAUGUUUAUUUAGAAAACUAUUUUGUAUUGUAAACACGAAAAGGCAGGUCCUUGCUCCAGAAUAUUUCUAUUUUUGUCAUAAUGCACUAAUCUUGAAAUGUAUCAAUGUAAUCUAUAAACCGAACAAAGCAAAGGACUUUAAACAAUGUACAGUGUAUAUAAUUAUUAUGAAUUAUAGUCAAAAUGUUCCCCUACUAUCAGCUCAGCUGAUCUUAGAGGGAUCAACAAUCAAUAAAUACUGCAUGUAUUUUUACGAGAGAAAAUUGUGCAAUUUUAAUAUA